GAGGGAGUCCUUUACCGCAGUAUCACUAGAUUUCUGCACCACUCAUCAAAACUCUGCGGCAUGCAGAUAAGAGCUGGGGGGGUAGGGCAGAUACUUGGUCUGUGCUGAGUGUAAGACAGCUACCUCGUAUUGUUUCUACCUGUUGCUGUUACUAGGCUAUAGGAGGGAUUUUACUUCAUUUUCCAUUCACUUGUGCGUUUGAGUAGAACUGUAAUUGCCUUUCUUUUUCCCAUUGCCACGGCGGUACAGUAGAGCUCUCUCUCUCUCUCUCUCUCUCUCUCUCUAUCUAUCUCUCUCUCUCUCUGCUCUCUGGCUAAUUGUUGAAACGCGGCGCGUAUUGUCACAUAGAGGUUUGGGGUCCGAACUUGUAUGACAAAAUGGCAAAGGAUGGAGAAAAAGGCGAGUGGAAGGACUUUAUAUGGAACCCGAGGACGAGGGAGUUCCUGGGCAGAACGGCGAGCAGCUGGGGUCUUAUUAUUCUCUUCUAUAUAGUUUUCUACAUCUUCCUGGCCGGCUUGUUUACACUCACCAUGUAUGUCAUGCUGCAGACCUUGGACGACCACAAGCCGACCUGGCAGGACAGGCUCGCCACUCCAGGCAUGGUGAUUAGACCCAAAGCAGACGAGACCUUUGAGAUCGUCUAUAACAUCAAGAACACUGAGAGCUGGGACAUGUACGCUCAGGCCCUGGACAAGUUCCUGGCACCCUACAACUCCUCCAUCCAGGCCCAGAAAAAUGACGAGUGCACCCCAGACAAGUACUUCAUGCAGGAGGACAGCGGUGAUGUAAAGAACAACCCGAAGCGCUCCUGUCAGUUCAGCCGCAAUGUCCUGGAGGAAUGCUCUGGACUCACAGACCGUUACUAUGGAUACCAGGAGGGCAAGCCAUGCAUCAUCAUCAAGCUGAAUCGGGUGAUUGGGAUGCUGCCAGGAAAAAAUGGACAGGCUCCAUAUGUCACCUGUGGUGCAAAGAGAGAAGACAGUGAUAAAAUUGGGGAAUUGCUGUACUUCCCUCCAAAUGGCACAUUCAACCUUAUGUACUACCCUUACUAUGGCAAGAAAGCUCAGGUGAACUACUCUCAGCCUUUGGUUGCUGUCAAGUUCCUUAACGUUACUGUCAAUGAAGAUGUCAACGUCGAGUGCAAGAUCAACGCUAACAACAUUCCCAUGGGCAGUGAAAGAGACAAGUUUGCUGGAAGAGUGUCUUUCAAGCUGAGGAUCAACACUGAUAAAUAGGUUUCCCUUUUCCUCUCCUGAAAACUACUUUCUUCAUUCUCUGCAACAUUGCACAUGCACAGAAACAAAUCUCAGCAUUCACACCCUUUUUAGGAUUUGUUUACAACCCCCACAUUUGUUUUGGGCAACUGUUUGUCCAGUUGUGUGACAAGAUGAGGCAAGAAUAAAAGGGUGAUAAUCCUGUCAUCGUUUCUGUCUGUGAGCUUUGGGACAAAUUCUUUUCUGUAAAUUAGUUUGAGGUGACGUCUAUUUAUACUGCAUGACAAACUAGGGGAUAUAAAGGAUGUGAACUAUGUGUUUUCAAAGUUUGCAAGGAUCAGCAACAUUAACACUUUUGCUGCUCCCCUCCUGCUGCCUCAUAUAGAGUAUCCCUCUAUAUAUGAAUAUACACAAAUUACAAAACAAAAGGUGUAUACCUACAGUAUUUAUAUGGUAUCAUAACCUUAUAUCGGUACGUCUUUUUUGUCGCACUUACAAGAAUAAUCCAACAGACUCACAUAUAUCUUGGUGGAUGGAUGCAGAGGUGAAGCCAUUUUGCAUGUGUGUAUUGUCUUUACUGUUCUAUGAGGGCAGGAGGCCCCUGUGUCCCACCUCUCUGCUAAGUGUGAAAUAAGGUUAUGUUAAACCACUGACCACCAGGGGGGACCACACUGUAAUUUACUAAACCUCACGCACAGCAAGUGUGUGUUUCAACAUACAGUAACAUAGGCAUCUCCCAAAAAAAUGGGAGUUACAGUAGAGGUCAAAACCUUUAAGAGUGUGUGUGUGUGUGUGUGUGUGUGUGUGUGUGUGUGUGUGUGUUUGCUUGUGUGUUCCAUUAACAGGUCCCAUUUCAUAUUGUAGGUCGGGAAGUUGCAUGCAAUGUGCAAUAUUCAUUAAAUGGCAUACAUUAUGAAUGCUUGAGUCCAAAUGAGAAGGUUUCCGUUAAAUGAUAAUUGUUUUAGAUCAUUUGAUAUUUACACGGGCUGUUCGACCUGAGAGUAGCUUGUAAAACACAUAUGCCAUUCAUAUUUGGGUCACUGGAAACAGUCAUAUCAACACCACUGACGCCAAAUGAAAUCUGAUAGCAGACAGUACAUCAGUUAUGUUUUGGACGUCUUACAACAUCAGAUUGACAAAAAACACGAUUUUGUUUUGCCCCUAUAACUCCCAGUCAGUUAGUGGCUAACCAGAAACUUCCAGUCUCCCAGACAACCAUCUGAAUAUCAAAUGAAAACAGCAAAAAUGAUCCUCCUGCUUCACAGUGACGUUACACUUUCUGUUACUGUGUAUAUCAUUUAAUUCCCAAUGUGAAACCAGCAGCCAUUUUCUUGUGUCUAAAUUUUUCAUCAUUUAAACAUUAAUAUUUAGAGUUGUUUUUUUGCGUGUAUUGCAUCUAUAUUAUAUGUAUCACAAAUAGAUGCCAUUAUCAUAUUUUGUAUUGAUUUGCACUUGAAGUGUGUGUUUUCUUUGUUUUUUGUUUGUGAAGCUGAGUUGAAUUAAUUAAUGUACAGUUUUGGAGGAGAAGAAUGUAGUAAGUUUGUGUUUGUUUCCUUUGUUUGAUUCAUACUCAUUAUCAUCCUCUACAAUAUUCAUCCAGGGUAUCAAAAUUAAUAGUUUACAUAUAAUUUUAAACGUGACUAGAGUUUUGGAUAUGUGAGUUGUUUGAGUUUUGUUUUAUAGGCCUGUAGGAAAUGAACAAAACUGGAAAUUUGAUCACAUAGAAACUCAAAUUGUUUUUUGUUGUUGUAGUGUUCACUACUGUUGUAUGAAUCAGUCUAAAGGCUAAGCCAUCAGGAUAACUAGACUACCAGUUUGAACAACCAGCCUUUUGAAAAAGCAUAGAUAAGGCCUGAGUUUGCUGCUGGAGCUGUUUACUUAACGCGUAUUCAUUACCUAUUGGCACGGCUACAAAAUUGUACCAAUGUGACUGUGAUCCUGCAAUGUCAUCGCAGCAAAUGUAGAACACGAGCAUCUGUUCACUCACAUUAAGGUCUGGCUUGACUCCAACACUUAAUUUCUCUCAGAGCAAUGUGUUUGUCAGUAUGCUCGCAAAUAUCUCACAGUGGUCUAAAAAGGACCUCAUUAUCUGAUCCAUUCUUGACAAAGAAAGAAUAGAAUAGAUCUAAUGUGAUUGUCUGAUCUAUAUCGGAGGGAUAUUCAGAAUGAACAGUCAUCUGAGGCUCUUUUGUUUCCAUUUUUUGAGACAGUCCACUGACCAGUUCACGUGCAUUUCUCCUCUGCAUUUCUGCAACACUUACUUAAUUUCACUGUAAUCUCUUAAUCUGGUCGGCUAAUCCAGAGCAGGCCCGCUGAACUUCUUUACCCUACUUUGUCACUCCUCCUCCUUGUGUCAAACGCCUGAUUCACUGUCAACGUCUUCAAAAUAGAUGAAACAAGGUUUAUUCAUGUCUUGCAUUCUGUCCUAUUUUCCCUUAAACAUUAGUAAAUUAAUUAAAGCCCUUUUAAUUCACAACACGGCAAAUUCAAUGCUUGGACAUUCUUGUUUUAUUCAUGUGCAUGUGAAGAUUAGUUCUUCAACCAAAGAUCUUCAUGACAGUUAAAUUUUUAUUUAUUUGUGCUGCACUGACAGAUCCGUAGCAGCAGAUCUGAGUAAGGAUUUCAUGCAGUGAUACUGUAGGAUGCAGGUUGAGGGCUAAACACCCUGAGUUAUUAAAAGGCCUAGUCUUAUAUAAUAAUAAUACGCACAAAAGGAACAUGUCUCACUACAACAUAACAGUGCCUCCUGGUGGACACAGUGUUGUUCCCCAGUGUCACAGAAUGUUAUUUCCAGUUAUCUCCAUUUAUCUGGGGUGGGUUUCUUUAAUAAUUUGGAGAUGUCCUCAAAAAGCAAUAUAUUUCUUUCUUGUGUGGCUGUGUAAUGUAUUUAUUGGAAAGGCAGUAACAAAAUCAGUGCAACAGGUAUCAUCAAGUGCAGUGAAUCAAAAAUGGAAAGAACAUGCAGAUAUUGCAUUCAGGCAAGUUUGCCAGUUUGCAUUAUCAUAAUGGAACAAUAUAAUGUUUUUCUUUAUAAAAGAGUAUUUUUAUUGCUAUUUUGUUUAAAAGAGGAGAAAAUGUAUAAGCUUGGAUUGUAUCAUGGUAUGGGAGCUACCUGGCAGGUUUUCAUCAUUUAAUUAAUCGGAUGGCAAAAUGUUAACAGCUUAGUUGGAAAUGUUUUUUUGUCAUUGUUUGAGUCCUUUAUACUUUCUUAAAUGGAGCUCUUAAAGCUUGCAAUGAAAGUUCUCUGGACACUGCAGUCUUUUGCAUCAGAAUUAAGACAUUAAAGGCAAAUUGAUAGUUUGGUGAAUACAUCAGAAUGAGCAGUGCUUUGUGAGAACUUUCAAGUGCAAAGCAUACAGAAACAUUUCAUAAAAACACAAAACUACAACAAGGCCUGAAACAAAUGUCAGAGAGUCAACUACUCAUGUUUCAAAUAAGGAAUAAUUUCAACAAACCUCAGACCCCCCUCGUCUUAAAUCAUACUGUUGCCUAAGACUGUGGUGCAAGGAUAGUUCAAGAAAGAAAUCAAUUAAAUUUGUUGAGAUACUCUCGUCCCAAAAGGAUGAUAAUUAUAUUCUGGAUCUUUAUUUUUUGCUCUUACUGUAUGUAUAUUUUUGCUCAUGUUUACUGCAAACCAAGAUAGAGAAAUAAAUAAAUGUCAUUUAAGGGAA